UAGUAAAAGGAACACCCACGAGCUGCGAGCAAGACUAACCAACCACCACCGCCUCCCUCUCCACUUGUCCAGCUCCGGCCUCGCCAAUCCCACUCCUCAAGACCUCAACAGUAGUCAACAGCCAAUCAGCCACCGCCUCGAUCCAGCAGCCAUGGCCUCCCGCGCAGGACCACCGCUCCGCCGCCGGCCGUCGCAGCGCCCCGCCCUGCUCGCGCUGGGCGUCCUCUCCUGCCUGCAGCUGCAGCUCGUGGCGUCGCAGCUGUCGUCGACCAGGCCUCUCCCGCGCGCCACCGCCACGGCGACGACAGUACCGCUGCGAGCGGGCGGAGAUCAGGCGGAGGCCGGCGGCGGCGUCGCGCGGCGCGCGUGCACGUACACGGUGGAGAUCAAGACGAGCUGCUCGUCCCCGCGCGCGUCCCCGGACGCGGUGAGCCUCGCGUUCGGCGACGCGUACCGGAACGAGGUGUACGCGGCGCGGGUGUCGCCGGCGUACGGGUUCGAGCGGUGCGCCAAGGACACGUUCCGGGUCUCCGGGCCCUGCGGCUACGGCGUCUGCUACCUCUACCUCCACCGCUCCGGCCGCGUCGGGUGGACGCCGGAGUGGGUCAGGGUGUACGAGCCCGCCUCCGGCACGCCCUCCACCUUCUACUUCGGCGACCCGCUCCCCAACGGCGUCUGGUACGGCCUCGACCGCUGCCUGCGCCGCCCGGCGGCCGGCGGCGGCGCCUCUCCCGACGCCGCGGCCCGGGCGUCACAGUGAGCGCCGGAUGGGGCUUGGUUGCGCACGGUGGAAGCAGAAGGAGGACCACUCGUCGUCAGUCGUCACGACGCGGCUGGCUGUGAGCCUGUGACGCGAUGAUCGUGGAGGCGAGAAAUCACUUCACUUUUACAAGGUAGUGGGGAUGCACGGCAAGUAUUUCAACACAAAUUAUUUAAAAAUAUUUGUACAUCAAACGACUACUAAAAAUAAGCUUAUUUAUUAAUAAUUUAUUUCUUUGAUGUAAGUCUAUAUAUAAAUAACAAAUAUCAUUACUUGUGGGUGCAGCUAUCGGUCCGACAAUAUAGAAAAAUUAAAUACACUAGAAUCAUGCCCGUGCGUUGCUACGGGCAGAAAAAAUUAUAAUACAACACAAAAAUAAAUAUCAUAAAAUAUUAAAUAUUACGAAACCACAUUGUAUAUAAAGUAUAAUGGUAUAUCACAAAUAGUUCAUCCAAUUUGUAUCACAAAAGGAGAUAAUUAUUAUUAACCCAAAAAAGGUAGCGAGGGAUCCAUGGCUAACGCAAUCUAUUUUAUAUCUUUCCCUGUGAUGCGCCUAAGAUAGUGUUUGACGUCAGCAGGAAGUAGAUUCCGGUAUGCAUUUGCCUCGUGUGCCAGAAUAUCAACUAAGAAGUUCCAUCGCAUUGCUCUCCGAUCCUGUCCAAAAGUCAUUUAUAUACUUAUACUGAAAUAUUAAAUAUUAGCUCAUGUAACAUAUUCAAUUAUUAAAUUAAGCCAAAAAUAAAUACAACAUAUGGCUUUUAAUCAUAGGUAUAUACUAACCGUACAAAUGGGCGGGCCCGGAUUAUUAUUAAAUGUCCCAUGUACUGUAGAAUGAGAUAAUCACUUGAAUGCCUGCAUGAAAGGAGAGAUUAUUCUUAUUUAUAUCAUACUAUAAAAUUAUUACUUUAGAAUAAGAUACUAAAAAUUAUUUGUGGAAAUGUUUCAUAAUUACAUACCCAUCAACGUCAUUGGUUUCUAACAACCAUUUUUUUCUAAAAAAGUGAUAAUAUUUGCUUAUGAUUUUGUUGCUUUUGCCUGUUGCAAUGCACGGGCAUGUACCUAGUGAUGGAUCAAAGAUGUAAUAUCUGGUAGGUGUUUUUGGAGAACUGUGUCCCAUGCAAGUUCCAGAAUCAAAAUAUUUCACCAGUCUGCUUACAUGUAUGAAGUCAUGAAAGAAAAAUGAGAAGGGAUAAGGCAUGUUAGCUACAAAAAUAA